AUGUCGAGAAAAACGGUGUUGGGCGCCUUUUGCGCAAGCAAUGGCGCUUUCGAGGUCACGGCCAGGAGGAUAAUAGCUGGCCAGCAGCGGAGCUUCACAUCGACAGCUCAGAGAAAUGCGCAAAUCACACACUUCCUGCCGACGGGCAAGCCCGCGCUCGACGAGCUCCUAAACACCAUCCGCCACAAGAUCAUCCUACCGUCGUACCUACCCCUCGCCCAGCGCAAGAAGAUCUACUCGCCCAAGCACGAGAAGAAGCUGCAGUCGGACCCCAUCAUCAUCGAGAUCGACGGCGAGGUGCUCAAGUUCCGGCACAUGAACCCCUUCAACGGCGACAUCCCGCAGACGCGGCGGUCGGUAAUGCAGGCGAUCCAGCUCUUCGACACGAGCGACGACUUCCUCAACCUCAAGCCGCUGCUCGAGGGCAUCGCGUACGCGAACCGCAAGUUCGACCCGUCCUUCCACACCAAGAUCCUGCGCGUCGUCGGCGCCAAGGGCCGCAUCUACGACAUCAUCGACUGCGCGCGCAGCGUCCGCCGCACGGGGUUCAAGCUCGACUCGAGCGAGAAGGCCAACGAGGUCCUGCACUGGGUGCAGAUGAAGGCCGUCGAUUCGAGGUGGGAUGCGGACCAGACCGCGCAGGCGCUGCGCUGGGCCGAGAUGGUGCUCGAGAUGCUGCAGGACGAGGGCCACCAGCCGCGCCGGCGCAAGGACGACCCCCCGCUCGACGGCGAGCUGCCCCUGAGCCGGGACCCCAUGGUCCUGGCCGCGCCGCUGCACCUCGCCGCCGCCAUGGUAACGAGGCACGACGCGGGCGACGAGGUGCGCGAGAUGGUCACCAAACACGCGACUGACAUCGUCAGGUUGUGGCCCCAGGGGCGGAAGCUGAAGGAACUGCAGCCGGCGCAGCUGUACCAGGACCACGACAAGCUGGGCUAUUUGGUGGAGCCGAAUAAGUUUGUCGUCUUGGCCGCGCCGCUUCUGCGCGGUCUCGAGACGGCUAUCCAGGUUGUCGAGCCCCAACUUGCGGACCAGCUGCGCUCCCGGCACGAUACGUUGGCGGCCGAGGUCCAGGAGGCGCGAGAGGCGGGCGUGACUGGAAGGGGCGGCAGAGGAGAGCAGGUAUACCGCAGAGUGUACGAUUUGGAGCCCCUACCCGAACGCGAUGUUACUGUAGAGUAA